AUGGAGGAAAAAACACAAGAAGUGAAAGAUUCUCCGUUUUCCAUCAGGAACCUGCUGAACAAACCCGACAAACCCAGAGCUCACAUGAAUGUCCCGGAUCUCAGCUUCCUGCGGCUCGGACCCUGGUGCUGCGCCGGCGGACACCCGAGCACACCCGCGGCAGCAGGUGGAAUCAGAGAGGAUGAGGAGGUUGUUCUGGAGGACUCGGACUCGGACGAGCAGAAGAAGCUGUGCCGCAAGAAGAAGACCAGGACCGUGUUUUCCCGCGCUCAGGUGUUCCAGCUGGAGUCCACCUUCGACCUGAAGCGCUACCUGAGCAGCUCGGAGCGCGCGGGGCUGGCCGCGGCGCUGCAGCUGAGCGAGACGCAGGUGAAGAUCUGGUUCCAGAACCGCAGGAACAAGUGGAAGAGACAGAUCUCCGCCGAGCUGGAGGCCGCCAGCCACGGGCACGCGCAGAGGAUCGUGCGCGUGCCCGUCCUCUACCACGAGCACGCGCUUUAUUACCCGCACGCGCUGAUCAGACCCGUGUGAGAGACUCGACUAACCAGC